AUGUCACGAGAAGAGCUCGGCUGCCGCGCCGGUGCUGUUCCGCGACCGAUACCCACUGCCCUCAUCGCGGAGACCCUGCAGAAUCUGGCCAAGGCUAAGUGGUUCACCAAGUUGGACGUGGUGGCCGCUUUCCAUAAGAUCCGCAUGGCUCCGGGACAUGAGGGAAAGACUGCAUUUCGCACGAGGUUUGGGCUCUACGAGUGGCUCGUGUGCCCUUUCGGCCUGAGCGGCGCCCCGGCAUCAUUCCAACGAUACAUGAACAGUGUAUUGCGCGAAUGGCUGGACGACUUUGUCACAGCGUACCUGGAUGAUGUACUGAUCUACUCGAGCGGUUCGAAGGCGGAUCAUGAGGCUAAGGUGCGACGAGUUCUCCAAGCACUCGCCGACGCUGGGCUGCACCUAGACCCAGCGAAGUGCGAGUUUUCGGUACAAGAGGUCAAAUACCUUGGGUUCAUCGUCAACGCAGGGAAAGGAAUCGCCUGCGACCCCGAAAAGCAGCGCGCCAUCCGCGAAUGGGAGGCCCCGACCACGGUGAAGGGUGUCAGAAGCUUUCUGGGCUUCGCCAACUAUUACCGGAUCUUCAUCCCCGACUAUGCCAAGAUCACGCAGUCUCUGGAUGCCCUGCUUAAGAAAGGAACUGCCUUUCAUUGGGGACGAGCGGAGAACGAGGCGUUUCAGGAGCUGAAGCGACGAUUUUGCGAGUCACCGGUGCUCAAGCAGUGGGACCCGAGCCUCCCGACCUUUUUGGAGACGGAUUGCUCAGGCUACGCAUUGGGAGGCGUCCUGUCGCAGGAAGGCCCAGAUGGACGUCGACACGCAUGCGCCUUCUUCUCGAAGCGACUUUCGCCAGCGGAGUACAACUAUCCCAUUCACGACAAGGAGAUGCUUGCCAUCAUGAGAUGUCUCGACAACUGGAACGCCGAACUUAGGAGCUGCGGCCCAUUUACAAUCCUUACCGAUCACCGCAACCUGGAGUAUUUCAUGACACGCCAGAAGCUCACGGAACGGCAGAGCCGUUGGGCAGCCGAAUUGUCCCAGUUCGACUUCAAGCUCGAGUAUCGACCGGGAAGCGAGGCUGUCGUGCCUGAUGCGUUGUCCCGCCGUGAACAAGACAAGCCACAGGGCAUUGACGACGAGCGGGAACAAGGAAGAAUGAUACAGUUGAUACCGGAUAGUGCCAUUCCAUCAUCGACAAGAGCAUGUAUCAACGCGAUGAGUUCUGACUGUUCAGAGGCAUCCACCCUGCCGAAGAUGAAGGUCUUCGAGGUAGCGGACCUGCAGCAACUCUGGGACGAAACGGUGGCGAAGGACUCGAUAUUCCGGGCAGCCUAUAAGGCAGUCCGCGAUCGCGAGCGUGCCUUCCCGCCCUCGCUGGGCCUGAAGAUCCAGAUUUCAGAAUGUGCGAUCGACGCAGGCAAAAGGCUGACAUUCAGAGACCGUAUUUGGUCGCAUGACUCUGUUGCGACCGGUCAUCCCGGCAGGGAAGGUACGCUGGCUAUUGUGGCUCGGCGAUUCUACUGGCCUGGGCAGUCCCAGCUGGUUCGCCGGUACGUAGCCAAUUGCGACACCUGCGGCAGAGCACACAUCUGGCGCCAGUCGAAAAGGGGAUUUCUCAAGCCUCUGCCGAUUCCAGAUCGACCCCGAAGCCAUUUGUCCAUGGACUUCAUCACAGAUCUGCCGCCUACUGGACCGAGCAAGGCAAGGUACCUGUGGGUGAUUGUGGACAGACUGACAAAGGCUGUGACCUCGAGGUGA